UCUUACUGUCACAGGGACGAUUUAUUCCGUGAAUCAACAUUGAAUGAUGCACAUCCUCAAAUAUGGACAAUUUAUUCAAAAGCUUAUUCAAUGUCCGGCAGUAAUCGUUUAGUAACAGAAUCAGUAAUAUUGUGAUUUCACAACUUGGGCCGUCAAAUUUUCUAUAGAAAAUAUUUGGAAGUCUACAGAAGAAGAAAGAAUUGAUGCUGUCGAUAAACUCAAAGAAAAAAAUCUCUAUUAUAAACGUUUUAGCACGAAACGUUCAGAAUCUUAGACAAAACACUGGCACCUAUAUAUAGACCUAAAGCGUCCGUUACCCCCAGAGAGUGAGACGCUGUCGAAGUUUCACCUGUUGAACAGCCAGAGGAAGAAUAGCAACAACACAGACAAAAGCUUGCCACCUGUAUUGGAUAAGUGAGCGAGCCAGCAUGACAGACGGGAAGGCCCGAUCUUAUCAGAGGCCAGCAUAGAGUGGGCAGCCUUCGUCAGUUUUUUUAGUUGACAGCAGUGUCAGAGCGGCGGUCACACGAUCCAAUAAGAUUUUACUAGUCGCUUUAUAUGUCUAGGUAUGGAAGGAAGGUGGUUUAAUUAUAAUAUUCUUACCAAUCAGAGUGCUGUGGUCUAGAGCUCUUAAAGACGACCUUACAUACUAACGUUAGACCACUGCUCCCUAAUGUUCAUCAAUCAAUCACAUCGGCGCUUAGCAUAGGACACUAGGAAAUCAUCGCCACUUCAUACACAUGAUUAACUUAAGUUUGACAGACAGCAUGCGUUUUAUAUAGAUAUUGGUGAUUGGAUUAUAGAGGUACAUUAUCGUCUUGUGAUGUCUCAACGAUCGGUAACCAUAGUGAACUGGACUUGCACUACCGACGAAUAUGUUUCUAAAAAAGGCUAACAGUUAAUUAUCUAAUUAUUUACAGUGAAAUAAAAUUAUUUCAAAACAAAUUGACAUAUCAAAUGAUUCAUUGCUCCAGACGUAUAUAUAACGUGUCUCAUUUCAUCCAAGCAUUAAGACGAGUAAUUUAUAUUUUUUUCGUAAGAGUUUAAAACAAUACUGCUAGACACCGGUAUGUACAGUCCGACAUAUCGACGCUUCUACACGGGAUUAAUCGUGUUCCUACUUCUAACUGGGCCUUCUCUACAAUGUGGCCGGGUGGUCGGCAAAAGGAAAAGACCUGCAAAAAUGAUCCCCUUGGUUCACAAACAGGGUGUGCCGAAUUUGUCAGAAAACACUAUUGGAGCUAGUGGACUUAGCGAGGGUGUCAUAACACGAGAUGACCCGAAAUUUAAACAACUGGUUACCAACGAUAACCCGAACAUCAUAUUCAAGGACGAGGAGGGCAACGGAUCAGACAGAAUAAUGUCACAGAGAUGCAAGGACAAACUUAACACUUUGGCGGUGUCCGUGAUGAACACUUGGCCGAACGUGAAACUGCGCGUGACUGAAGCCUGGGAUGAAGAUGACCACCACGCUAAGAAUUCCCUCCAUUACGAGGGUCGAGCUGUAGAUAUCACCACCAGCGACAGGGACCGAACCAAAUAUGGACUGCUGGCCCGACUCGCUGUUGAAGCUGGAUUUGAUUGGGUGUAUUACGAAUCACGUGGCCACAUCCAUUGCUCAGUAAAAUCUGAAUCUUCCGCCGCAAUCAAGAUUGGAGGCUGUUUUACAGGCUCCGGAACUGUACAAACGCCAGAUAAAGGACGCGUUUUAAUUUCUGAGAUCAAAGUUGGAGACCAAGUUUUGACCAUGACGAAAGCUGGAACUCUUCAAUACAGUGACGUCAUCACAUUCCUGGACAGGGACGAACAGAGAACCGGUUUAUACUACACAUUGUUUACAAGCGACGAAAGAACGAUAACUCUCACUGAUAAACAUCUCAUUUACACCUCACAGUCAAACGAAACCACCUUUCAUUCUUUCCAGGCACGAUACGCUGAUACUGUUAAAAUAGGGCAAUACGUUUUAAUUGCCGAAAAGACAGAAGUAAUUAAACCAUCAAAAAUUAUUGACUUAAAAAUAGCUUUUCAAGAUGGUGUGUACGCGCCCUUGACGGCAGAGGGCAGCAUCGUCGUGGAUGACGUUGUGGCCUCGUGCUACGGUGUGAUCAAUAGUGAACUUAUUGCGCAUGCGGUGUUUGCACCAACGCGAAUGUUACAUACGAUUUCACAACACAUAUCAUUACCGUGGACUCAAACACAUUCUAACGGAACGCAUCGGCACCAGGAAGGUGUGAAUUGGUACGCCGAGUUCCUUUACACCAUUGGUAAAUACCUUUUAGACAGAGAUACGCUGUACCUCGUAUAGUUUGGUGUCAAAGCGUAACUUACUACCCGGAAAAUUGUACGUUUAACAGCGUGAUGGUACGCUGCUAAGCAGGAAAUGACUCGUACGCAUGCCAACGGUUCUCCAGCAAUAACUUGAGUACAUGGAGGUUGUGUUCGCUUGGUUUCAACCAAGAUACAUUUCCCUCGGACUGGCUACAAGAACUGACUUCAAGUAAUGACAAAAUUUAUCAUGAUUGCCAUCGCACCUGUUUCAUGGCGAAUUGGUGCAUUAAUUAUGAGGAUUGUUUGUCUUCUGAACACAAAGUUUGGCUAGUGACACAAGACAUUUAUUUUAUUCCCCAUGCAUGAAAUUCACUUUUCCUCAUUCUGACUAGAUGGGAAGGUGACUGUGUAUAUAAAGAUAUGUAUUAUGAGUAAUGUAUGUGUAACAAUGUGUUCUUGCGCUCAUGGAAAUUGAUUAAGAAGAUGCAAAAUGUCGUUCCUGUCUGCGUCCUUGGUUCGAUGCAAUCACUCCGAUUUAUCAAACAAUUGACUGGUUUGGUUUUCUGUGGCAUGUGUUUAACUGUAAAGAUCAGUAAUCGGGAGUUUUCAUAAACUGUGACUUUUUUAAAGUCAAAACUCAAAUGAAUGCUACAUCAAACCGAGGCUGUUUGUGUUAUACAAACACGUGUUAUUUUUUUUUUACUUCGUCGAGUAUCGUUGUCAAUAUAAUUGUCCUUUAAUUUAUUUCAUUGCCAGUAGAUAAAUUGUUUAUUUAAUAUUUGUUUGUCAUCCAUGAAAUGCAUACGACGUUUGUGACUUAAAUUAUUUUUCUAGUAUAUUAUGGUCUUUUAUAAGAACAAGGCUUUAAGACUUUGCUUAAUGUUUGUAUAUAAAAGUACAUUUUUUGUAUUGUGAUUUUAGAUGUGUCUAAUUGCAUUUUGUAUAAUGAAGUACUUGCUAUCUGUAAUAUGAACAACCUUAAUUGUGUUUCAUAUCACCUUGAGUUAUCAGUCAACUCAUUCAUAUCAUAUUUUAGGCAUGCACGUUGUAAUUUCACGGAAUCCUCGUUGCUGUAUUUGUAACGAUCAUUAUUCUGAGACAAACAUUAUCUGUAUAUUUUAUACAGUAUAUUUUCAUCUAAUGUUGGAGACGAUUGUAUUUUUGUCACUAAAUAACACCUGCACACCAUAUUGAAUUCGUCUAUUUGAUUACUAUUUCCCUAACGGAACCCUGUAAAUGUGUACUAUUCUUUCUCAUUCGCUCAGUUCUUGGCUUUAACCUCCUUAGUUUACCAUUUCCACAUUAUCUCUCUGAAAACUAACAUUCUCUCCUCUCGACCACGUAAAUCCAACGUUUACGCGCAGAUAUGAGAAACAGAAUCUUGAACUUCUAUGUACCAAAACCUACGUGGUCUGACCACUUUUAGUUGACAUGCUUAUUCAUUCGAUUCCUGAUUUUAGCAGUUGUAGCCAUGACUCGUGUAUUCAAAUGCAUUCCAUGCCAUUCCAAUACUUGAAGGCUAACAUUUCCCCCCUUUCUGUUGUUACGGCUGUGUAACACACCUAUAGACAUAGAUCGCCUUUCUGGUACCAUAUUAGGACAAAGCAAAAACUUUAAGAUUAUAUAUGUACAUUAUCUAACGUCAACUUGGUCUUUUUUAAUUCUUUUCAAUUCAUGCGCAUGCAUUCUACAUUCUCUCAAAAUUGACAAAAUAUGUGUUUUUCAUUCGUCCGUUUACAUUCUUACUCGACUCGUAUAUUCACAUAUUUGACUCAUUUCUAUUUAAUAUGAACUGCGACUGUUAGAAACCUUAUAACAUGUUGUUUGGUAGUUCACCGCGCAAUACUGGUACCAUGUUUAGUUAUACGUGUCCGUAAACGGAGUUGUGUUUAGUUACGGUAUACGCAUGCAAUUGCCAUCGAUUCCUUUGACGUCAUAGUGAUUGUAGCACCCCUCAUGAGUGACAUUUUAGAUCAUUUUAUGUGACAGACACGCAUACUGGCUUCAAGAUAUUGUAAGUAUUGCUUAAUAUUUGUUAUUUAGCUUUAAAAUGUUUUCGAAACAGAAAAUGAUGUUAAAUAAAUAAUGUUUUACGUAA